UAGAUCUAUUAUAGAAUUGUGGACAAGUUAUCAAACAAUUGACAUUUUUGUUUCGUAACUGAUAGGAGUUAGUUUCUUUCAUCCAGCAAUAUGUUUGUCUCAAAGGGAUUACUCAGUACAGUCUUAAUUUUAUUUUCUGCAUUAUUUCUUGAGACUUUUGCAAUAAAAGAUCUCGUUCUCAAUAAUUUUCAUGGAGAAUUUACCCUAGCAGAUGCAAAAGCAAAUAUUGAUACUGAAACUGCUUAUUUGGAAAAUUGUACCCUUACUGCUUAUCCUCUAUCCUUAUUCUCAAUCAUGGUAAAUGUAAGAAAACUGACAGUUAAGAACACAAAACUAAUACAACCUAUGGAUCCAACUAUUUAUUCAAGUGGCCGGAAUCUUGAAGAAUUAUCAAUUUCAAAUAAUGAACUUAAUGAAUAUCCAUUAAGCAACUUCCGUAAUACAACUUUCAAAAUAGUAAAAAUACAUGCUCAACCACACGUUAAAAUAAUCACAGAAGAUUUUGCCAGAGGAACCAAAGGUCUGAAAUACUUCGAAUGUACCGAAUGCCAAAUUGAUAUCAUCGAAGAUGGUGCUUUUAAUAGCCUAGAAAAGCUUGAGGUUUUGAAUCUCCAUAAAAAUUCAAUAUCGAAACUGACAGACAAAACGUUCAGUCCACUCAAAAGUUUGAAGAGAUUGAAUUUGGCCCAAAACAAACUAUCCAAAUUCACUACGAAUAUAAUAAAACAAAGCACGAAAUUAGAGAGUAUUGAUCUGAGUGAUAACCCUCUGAAGGAGCUGAAUUUACUGGACGCUAAUCAAGUCUUACCUAAUCUUAAAACAGUAAGCAUCAUACGAACACAAAUUCCUGAGGCUGUGAUCGAAGAACAUAAGCAAAAAACAAAAAUUCGCUUCAUAACCAUUGAAGAUGACCAAAUUAAAGCAUAACUCAAAACUUUGUCAUCUAUUUCUCUUGUAUUGAAUACUGAAUAAAACUAGAUUACAAGUG